AUGCAGUUCUCCCUCUUCACCACCAUGGUCCUCAUGGCCGCCAGCGGUGCCAACGCCGACCUUCACCGCUCUGCCGCCUGUGUCUCCAACAGGAAGACCUCUCCCAUCGGCGGCACUCCUUGGAGCCCCAGCUACAACUGGAAGACUUCUUACGAAGUCCUCCCUGACGCCACACGAUGCGCUUGCAACUACUACCGCAACCGCAACACUGGUAACAAGAAGUGGGACAAGUGCCCCGACUGCACUUUCGAUGGUAUCAUCUGCAACUCCAAGAACGGUCACAUUGGUGGCGAUGAGUUCACUUAUUACUGUGAGAAGAAGUGCGGCGCUCAGGGCGCUGAGGCCGACUAA